AUGACUGCACUCGAUCCCUCUGCUAUCGCCGUCGAUGACGGUGUAAGUUACGACUCGUACGAUACCAGCAAGAAGCCCCCGCCUUUUGGGCGUUCUAUCAAACCGUACUGGGCGUUCGAUCCCAAGUACGUGAACUUGAAUCAUGGUUCAUACGGGUCGACUCCACUCCCUGUCCUCUUCAAGUGUGCCGAGGUCAAUAUGCUCUCGGAGCGUAACCCCGACAAAUACCACCGCGUGGCUUACAUGCCCAUGGUGAGGGAAGCCAGAAGGCGCGUUGCGGAACUGAUCGGCGUGGAGCACGACGAGGUCGUCCUCGUGCCCAACGCAACGCACGGUGUUAACGAGGUGCUGAGGAACUUCGAGUGGCGCGAGGGCGAUGUGCUUCUUGGAGCGUCAACGACGUACGGUGCCAUAUCCCGAACGAUCCAGUAUGUUAGCGACCGAUCAGAGCAGCCGCGACCGACGGCACACGCUGUUGAGUACACCUUCCCCAUGUCGCAUGCGGAGAUCCUCGAGCGGUUUCGCUCGCGCGUCCAAGACAUCAAGGCGCUGUACCCGAACACCCGGUUCAACGACGUGCCCUCCGACGCGCCCGGGUACGUAGAAAGCGAGCCGAAGGAGAACAAGUUCGUCGCUGUCAUAGACAGUCUAGUGUCGAACCCGGGCGUGCUCCUACCAUGGAAGGAGAUGGUCAAGAUCUGCAAGGAGGAGGGGAUAUGGACCGUCAUCGACGGUGCGCACAGUGUUGGCCAGGAGCUCGACCUCAAGCUCUCCGAGGCGCGGCCAGACUUCUUCAUUUCGAACUGUCACAAAUGGCUCUACACCAAGAGGAGCUGCGCUCUGCUGUAUGUCCCGAAACGGAACCAGCAUAUCAUGAAGUCGUCCAUCCCGACGUCCCACGCAUAUGUCUCUCCCAACCAGCCGAUGCCCCCGGCGCGAGGGACGGAAGAGAAUAGUUUCGUUGCUCAGCAUGAAUGGACGGGAACUAUGGACCAGUCGGCGUUCAUCAGCGUCAGCGCAGGUCAGUCCCACGAACUAUUGUAUGCUCUGAGCUCUCAGACACGCUGA